GUUUAGAUCUUGCUAAUCUUCCUGAAAAGUAUAAAGAGCAAGAUUCAACACCGACAACUAAUCUUUCAAAUAAUUGGGAUCUUACAAAAGCAUCUAUUAAUUCACCUAUUAGUCCUUCAGGUUCAACAAUGGAUGUUGAUACUCUUAAUGUUGGUAAAAUUGUUGAAAUCGUGUCUUCAAAGAAAUAUUUUGAUGAUAAUGACGAGCAAAUAGAUAUAUCGCAAGUUCCAAAUAAUCAUUUACCUACUAGUCCUUCACUUACUAGUACUUCAGGCUCAAUGGAUAUUGAUACUCUUAAUGUUGAUUUAGCACCAACAACUAAUAUUGGUGAGAUUUUGUCUUCUGAGAAUGAAGAUGAAGAGCGAAUAGAUGCAAAGUCAAGAAAUUAUAUUGAUAAACCCGUCGAAAUUGUGUCUUCAGAGGACGAUGAAAAUGACGACGAUGUAACACCUGUCGAAAUUUUGUCCUCGAAGAGAAAAUAUGAUGACAAUAACGAUGAGCAAAUAGAUACAACAUCUUCGACGUUAGAGAAUGUAGAGAAUGAAGAUGAUGACGAUGAGCAAAUUGAUACAACAUCAAAAACAAAUAACCGUGAUCUUGCGCAAAGUGAAAUUGGUGACGCUAUCAAUCAUAUCAUCACAGAAUUUCUGGUCGAGCUGGGAAAUAAAUCAUUUAAGAAAGAAAUUCAACACUUUAAUAAAGAGAUCGAAUUACAUUUGCUUGAGCAGUCUGAUCUUGUUGAUGAACAAAUAAAUUUGCAAUCAUCUUUAAGGAAAUCCAAAUUGCGAAUGAAUCAUAUAAGAAAAGAAUUAUUAGAUGUUCAGCGUGAACGUGAUAGAGUUUGUAAAGAAUUGGCUAAUGAAAGAAGAACAUUCGCAAAGGAAGAACAAGACAGGAAGAAACUCGAACAAGCGCAUAACUUCCUAACGGAUCUUGAAACAUUACGUGAGGCUGCAGAUGCUGAAGAUAAUAUGCAAGAUGAAGAAGAAAUAUUGGAUGGCUUUAAGGGUCUGUUGGUAUCUGUUGCAUCUCGUUGUAGUGAUAUUUCACUUUCUUCAUCAUCCAAUGCUUCAGUUCAGAAAGGUUUCACAAAAGGAAAAGUUUCAUUAGAAGAGGCUUCGGGAAGUUUGGGCAUAUUAUGUCGGUUCAAUAUGUUGCUUGAAGUGUGUGAAAAAAUUAUCAGGCAAUAA